AUGGAAAACAGAACUAAAAUGAAUGAGUUCAUCCUUACAGGAUUAACAGAUGUUCCAGAGCUUCAGGUUCCUCUCUUCAUAAUAUUCAUCCUCAUUUACUUCAUUACUAUGGUAGGGAACCUGGGGAUAGUAGUUCUGAUCGCCUUGGAUUCCCGCCUUCAUACCCCUAUGUAUUUUUUCCUCAGUAACCUCUCCCUGGUGGAUUGUGGCUACUCCUCAGCUAUUACACCCAAGGUGAUGGCUGGGCUCCUCAAAGGAGACAAAGUCAUUUCCUAUAAUGGAUGUGCAGCACAAUUAUUCUUUGUUGGGACCUUUGCUUGCACUGAUAGUUUCCUCUUAGCCUCCAUGGCCUAUGAUCGUCAUGCAGCUGUGUGCAAGCCCCUACAUUAUACCACUACCAUGACAUCAACAGUAUGUGUGCAGCUAGUCAUUGGUGCUUACAUCUGUAGCCUGUUAGCCACCUCCAUAGUUGCAGGAACGAUAUUUAGCCUUUCCUUUUGUAGGUCAAACAUACUUGAACACUUUUUCUGUGAUAUUACCCCUCUGCUACUUCUCUCUUGCUCUGAUGUUCACAUUACUGAGUUAGUAAUCUUUACAGUAGGGUUAUUCACUGUCUCUUCUCCACUUCUUGUCAUCUUUAUCUCUUACUUACUAAUUUUCAUCACCAUCUUGAAGAUCCGUUCUGCUGAAGGCCGCCAGAAAGCCUUCUCCACCUGUGCUUCCCAUCUCACGGCAGUGUCUAUAUUUUAUGGGACAAUCAUGUUCAUGUACUUCCAACCUAGUUCAAACCAUUCAAUGGACUCAGACAAAGUGGUGUCAGUAUUCUACACCAUGGUUAUCCCUAUGUUGAACCCUCUGGUUUAUAGUCUUAGGAACAAAGACAUUAAGAAUGCUUUCAGGAAAGCUAUGAGAAGAUAA